AUGGCAACAAAUCAAUCUGCUUGGCUCACUGGACCUGCGGCGUAUCCAUUCGUUGUCAAGAACGGACCAAAGCCUCAGCCUGGUGAGGGACAGGUGCUCAUCAGGAAUGCCGUCGUUGCCAUAAACCCUGUCGAUUGGAAGAUCCAAUCUUACGGCAGGUAUCUCAAUACCUAUCCUUUUAUCUUAGGACAAGAUGCUGCAGGGAUUGUCGAGGAUGUGGGCACCAGAGUGACUAGGUUUAAAAAAGGCCAGCGAGUGAUUGCUCACUGCAAUGGCCUCAUGACCCAGGAUCCGGCCAACUCAGCAUUCCAACUGUACACAGUCGUGACAGAGGCGCUCGUGGCGGAAAUUCCCGAUUCGCUCGAGCUCAAGCAAGCAGUUGUUCUCCCGCUGGCGGUUUCUACUGCUUGCGCGGGACUCUAUCGGAAGGACUACCUGAGCCUCCCUCUGCCCUCUGUAAGUGAUGUCAAGAAGACUGGUCAAACCAUUUUGAUCUGGGGUGGUGCAUCCUCUGUUGGUGCCACAGCCAUCCAGCUGGCAACCGCCUCAGGCUUGACUGUGAUCACCACCGCAUCCAUGGCCAACCAUGAAUUUGUCAAGUUCUUGGGUGCCGACGCCGUGUUUGACUAUCGGUCUCCUACGGUGGUCGACGAUAUCGCUAAAGCUAUCACAAACACGGAAUUUGUGGGAGUCUACGACGCGAUCGGGGAAGAAACAAGCGCUGCAGCUAUUUCUGCACUUGCCGACCGAUUGGACAGGCCGGUGAAUACUGCCAGCGUCCUGCCUUGCGAGCAGCAGACUCCGCGAUUCGCUCCGAAAUACGUGAUCGCCUACUCGAUCAUUCAAGAUCCGCACAAGUUUAUUGGGGAAUGGAUUUGGGGCGAGUUUUUGCCUAAAGCGCUGGCCAGCGGGAAGCUCCAAGCUAAGCCUGACCCUUACAUAGUUGGAAACGGAGUUAAGGACAUCCAACAUGCCCUCGACGUGCAGAAGAAGGGUGUUUCGGCGAAGAAAGUGAUUGUCACUCUGUAA